AUGGUCAUAAUGAAUCCCUAUAUACCCAUCAUCCCUUCCCCAGAUUAUUUUGAAACAAAUUCAAGACAUCACAUUAUUGUGGUGGCUCUCAAACUUCAGCAUGCAUUUGAAUCCCCUGAAGGGCUUGUCAAAACAUGGAUUGCUGGGCUCCACCCACUGAGUAUGUAUUCUCCAAC